ACCUUCCCCCUUACCCUGAUCAAAAUCCUCGCCUCCCCUUUCAUAAAAUUCUAGGGUUUCUACGAAGUUCGAAAAUUCAAUCUCCUCUUCUUCUUCCUCCUCCUCCUCCUCCAUCUCCAAAUCCCAUGCUCCUUCGCUGAGCUUGAAGCUCUUUACCUCUUUCGCGAACCCUGCGUACGAUGCCAUCGACGCACAAGGCUUUGCAAACCCGAACCUUGUUCUACGCCUACGCUUGGUUCUCUCUGCCCCGCUCUCUCCCCUUCUCCAGCGCCUUGCUCCCUCGCUCUGCUGCUUCUUGUGCGCAAAGUGCUCAUUCCAUCACCGGGACUCUCGCUCGCGCUCUCUCUUUGCCUUUCCGUUACUGGCCCCCCUUCUUGUCGGUCUUCCGUUUGUCCUGUUGAUAGCUUCAUCUCCGAGUCAACCUCGCAGGGUUUCCCCUAUUGUUUGUUUCGGAUGAAUAAAAUGACUGCUUUAAAUUAUUCAUCGUGUAGAGGUGAGCUUGGUGCUCGAAAUUUUCAAUCUUUGAAUGGGAGCGAUGGGCAGGUGAGUGGGUUGAUGGCGAGGGCUGGUGUUGGUUUUAGAAGUAAGGGUCUUGAUUAUUGUUGUAGAGUGAGUGGGAGCUUGAAGAAUCGAGAGCCAUGGGGGAAGAACAUGGUUUAUAGGCAUUUCUGGACCAAUGCUAAUGGGAGGGAUUCCAAGUCUGACUCUUUGGUGGAUUCAGAGAUUAGGGAGUUUCAUUCAUCUUGCACUUCACAGUAUUCAGCUGGAGCUGCUCCUGAUGUUUCUUUUGAUGGGGUGGUGCGAGACGAGCAACUUGAGAAUCAAGGCGUUCCCUCUGAACUUAAGAUUCUAGGAGAUAGUUCCUUGAAGCUCCUUUCCGGAUCAUGCUACAUACCUCACCCGGAUAAGGAGGAAACUGGUGGAGAGGAUGCUCAUUUCAUUUGUGUAAAUGAGCAAGCUAUCGGUGUUGCAGAUGGUGUUGGUGGUUGGGCAGACAUUGGUGUUAAUGCUGGACUGUAUGCUAGGGAACUGAUGUCUAAUUCAGUAAGUGCAAUUCAAGAAGAGCCAAAGGGUUCAAUUGAUCCAGCAAGGGUGUUGGAGAAAGCUCAUUCAAGCACUAAAGCUAGGGGAUCCUCAACGGCUUGCAUUAUAGCCCUUACUGAUCAGGGAAUUCACGCAGUCAACUUAGGCGACAGUGGCUUCAUAGUCGUCAGAGAGGGAUGCACCAUCUUCCGAUCACCUGUACAACAACAUGAUUUUAAUUUCACGUAUCAGCUUGAGAGUGGUAAUAGCGGCGAUCUUCCUAGCUCUGCACAGGUGUUUACCUUCCCGGUAGCAUCUGGCGAUGUGAUUAUCGCGGGAACAGAUGGUCUGUUUGAUAACCUCUACAACAACGAAGUCACUGCUGUUGUAGUUCAUGCGACGAGAGCCGGAUUGGGUCCUCAAGUGACAGCGCAGAAGAUUGCUGCACUUGCCCGGCAACGAGCACAAGAUAAAAACAGGCAAACGCCAUUCUCAACUGCAGCUCAGGAUGCCGGAUAUCGUUAUUAUGGAGGCAAGCUCGAUGACAUUACAGUUGUGGUGUCAUAUAUCACAAAAUCUAGUGUUUGAGUUUGAGACAAUUCCCUUUCGCUACUCUACUGUGCCCAUCUGUGAAUAGCAUACGAUGCACAAAAUUUUCUGGUGUUCUAUGUGAAGAUCAUCUUUAUUGCUCUGGAAACUUAAAAUUGGGACUUGACAGGUUUCUUUAGAUGUUUGUAUUGGCACUGUUUUCUUGUUAGCAGAUUCAAUAUCAAGACCUUUAUAUC